AUGGCAACUACCGAAGCACAGGAACUCAGAAGGAUGAUGAAGCGCUUUCGAGUUCUGAUCAUGGGGAGAGCAAACGCAGGCAAAACGACCAUCCUUCAGAAGGUUUGCAACACCACAGAUCAACCAGAAAUUUACGAUACCAAAGGAAAGAAGAUUGAUACUACCAUCGUGGAAUCCUCAAUCAAGCAAUCCCGGUUUCGUAUUCACGACUCGUGCGGCUUCGAAGCGGGAUCUGAAGAAGAAUUCGAGAAUAUGCAGAACUUUAUAUCAGAACGGGCGCGUGCGACGAAAUUGGAGGAGCGAAUUCACGCCAUCUGGUAUUGCAUUCCGAUGGAUGAGCAUUGUCGAACAUUCCAGCGGUCAGAAGAGAAGUUCUUCCGGGAGUGCGACACCGGACACGUUCCUGUGGUCGUGGUGUUCACCAAAUUCGAGGCUCUGCGUCCCGUCGCAUUUGGAGAAAUCAAGAAGCAACUAAAAGGCGUAUCGGGAGAAGAGCGCUCAAAGAGGAUUGCCGAGCGCGUCGAGGAACUUUUAUUAAGACAGGAGUCUUGGAUCAGUUGCGCAACCCCGAAAACCGUGCGCAUCCCAAGGCCUAUGUACGCUUGCAGGUUGACAUUAGCAACCGUGCUAGGAAUAAACAAAACGGAUGCAAACUGCAACACUCUACUGGAACACACCACUUUCGCACUAGACAACGAAGAACUGCGGUUGUGCUUGGUGUCGACACAAAAUCAAACCUGGAACUUUGCAUCAAGUGUGCCAUCACUAUCUAGAACACUCGUUGAUCGUGCGCAUAAGCAAAUCGAUGAUAGAGGCUAUCAGCAUGAUAUUGCUAAGUGGUUUCCGCAUCUCAAACGGUAUCAUGUCUAUGAACAUGUCGAACAUGUCUAUUCCUCGACCCAUGCUCAUGAUCCCCAUCCCUCGCUGCUGCUCGCUUGUUCGCAGUAUUAUCGGGAAGAAGAAUAUUAUGAACUUUCUUCGAUCCAAGCUCAUGAUCGCUAUCCCUUGCUGCUGCUCGCCUGUUCACAGCGGAACGUGCCUCAUAAUGAUAAUCUCGAAAAAACCCAACGAAAUAAUAUUGUCCGCGUCCUUCAGCCCUUGGCUGUGAAGGGUUCACUGUUCACUUCUGCUGCGAACAGAAUAAUUCAGACUGGCAUCGCUACCAUUAUCAUCCUCGAGUACUCUGCGUUUCUCCCAAGCAAGGGCUGGGAUGGCUUGGAGCUCGUUGAGUCUGCUGUGAGCUACUACCUGCAAUCUCCCAUGGUUGCUGCAGUAGAGAAAGUAGCGAAAGAGAUUUGUCGUCAAGGCUACCACGGAGAGGAAUUGGGAAAGAAGGUUCUUGAGUUCAUCCUUGACAAUCGCUUGUGUAUGUCCCUCGUUGUGAGCCUCGAGGUCGAAGUUUACGAACAACUUGCAGCAAAGGACUUGACAGAAAAGAAGUAG